AUGCAUCGAACUUAUUCCAUGCGCCAGUCGCGCGCACCCACAGCUUCAGAACUCGAGAACCCGCCUCCUCCCCCUUCCACCACCAAGACCAACCGACUGUUUGGAAAGAUUAGCUUUGGACAUGCUUUCCGAAAACAAACAGCAGGAGCUUUUGGUCCCGAACUAUCUAAAAAGCUUUCUCAGCUGGUAAAAAUGGAGAAAAAUGUCAUGCGUAGCAUGGAGUUAGUUGGGAGAGAGAGAAUGGAGGUUGCACAACAACUCUCCUAUUGGGGAGAGGCGUGCGAUGAUGACGUUUCGGAUGUCACCGAUAAGCUAGGAGUAUUAAUAUAUGAAAUUGGCGAACUAGAGGACUAUUAUGUUGAUCGAUACGACCAGUAUCGGGUUACUAUGAAAAGCAUUCGGAACAUCGAGGCAUCUGUGCAGCCAAGCAGAGAUCGGAAGCAAAAAAUAACCGAUCAGAUAGCCCAUCUGAAAUACAAAGAGCCCAGUUCCCCUCGAAUCGUGGUAUUGGAACAGGAAUUGGUUCGUGCUGAGGCAGAAUCACUUGUUGCAGAGGCACAGCUAUCCAACAUCACGCGAGAAAAGAUAAAGGCAGCAUUUAGUUACCAAUUUGAUGCCCUCCGUGAACACUGCGAAAAACUGGCUAUUAUUGCUGGGUACGGAAAGCAUCUUCUUGAGCUUAUCGACGACACUCCAGUCACCCCUGGGGAGACUCGGAACGCGUACGAUGGGUACGAUGCUAGCAGGGCAAUCAUUCAAGAUUGUGAAGAUGCAUUAACGCAUUGGGUCUCCUCCAAUGCAGCAGUGAACUCCAAACUAUCUACCCGUUCACGCACCCUGUCCCAACGUCGCCGGAAGAACAUUUCCAAGACUCGCAGUGGGGGUGUGGACCUGGCAAUCCAGGAUCCACCCUUCAAGGGUGACCGCGAGUCUUGGGUCCCUGCUCAACAGCAUCCUCACUAUAAACACCAUGCAGGCGAUGACGAUGACGAAUAUGGUGAUGAAGAAGUCCUAGAAACAAACGGCGAGCGAAGACAACGUGAGAGGCACCCAGUUACAGCGUGA